GCCGAUGACGCUGGUAAGAACGGACACAUUGACCAUUUAGCCCCCUCUUUACGGGUUCUGCUUGAUUCCUCUCUGCAUACAUAAUAUUCUAUUUAUUUUGGACGUGGGCCACUCGAGCUGGGCUCGUAUGCGCUUUUGAAGAACCUUCCCCUACAAUACAAUCCAUACAAUGUCCUCGUUGACGGAACUCCAGUCCCGCCUGAAGGAGCUCUCCACCGCUCUAGCUGAUAUCCAUCCGCUGGUAGCUCGCUUGCGGAACUUUACGACCGCUAUUGGACAGGGCGAUGAGGCGCGCUUGGAGCUUGGGACCGAGAUUCACACCCUCCUGAAGGGGGCAGAAGACCAGUUGGAACUGCUGCGCGUGGAGGUCGAGGGUCUCGAGGCUGGGUCCGAGAGCAGACGCAAAGCGUUGGACAAUGAGAAGGAAUCCGAGAGGGAACGUGUUGUCGCGCUGGCGGGGAGGUUGACGGAGGAGCUGAAACGAACGAGAAGGGACUUCCGCAACGCACAGCUACAAGCUAAACGCAACGCCGAGAUCGCUCGCCGGAAAGAACGGGAGUUGUUGUUCUCGCGAUCUCAGAGUGCCGACCGGAAGAAACAGGCCACCGAGAAGCUGACGCAGAAUGAGGUCGUCAAGAACGCUUCGAAUGAUGUUACCGCGGCCCUGCGGCGCACGCAUCAGUUGAUGCAGGCUGAGUUGUCGCGAAGUCAGUUCGCGCAGGAGACAUUAGAGCAAUCUACCGCUGCCCUCUCGUCGCUAUCGGAAUCCUAUACGGACCUGGACUCUCUCCUCUCUUCGUCGCGGAAUCUCGUCGGCUCGCUACUUCGCUCGCAGAAGUCGGACACAUGGUAUCUGGAGACCGCAUUCUAUAUUCUUCUGGGGACAAUCACUUGGCUUAUCUUUCGGCGCAUACUCUACGGCCCUCUGUGGUGGCUAGUGUGGCUGCCGGUGCGGCUACUGGCAAGAUUUACCUUUGCUAUUCUGAGUGUCGUCGGCAUCACCAGCACAGCAGUUCAGGCCUCUGACACUGCUACUGCCCCUGCACAGUUCAUGCAUGAGACUCCGGCCGUUGUUCAAAAAGCGGAGCCCACCAUCCAGAGCGCGGAGCAAGAGGCAGUAUGGGAUCAGGUUCCUGUCACAGACGAGACGGAAGAGGAUCGCCUGAUUGACCAGAUCGGUGAAUUGGUAGAGGAGAUUGAAAAGCAGGAGGAGACGAAUAUUGACGACAUCUCUGAGGAGGAAAGACAGAGGCAAGCGGAGCUGCCAAGGAAUCCUAAGAAGAGGAUGUUCGAAGCUACCGAUGUUCCCCACCAGAGGGAUGAACUAUAGAAGUCUAUCCAUAGCGAAC